AGCAGACAGGGUCCCUUCCACAGCAUGUCAUGUAACCGAAGAAGGGGCCUGUGAAGCGGCUUGGCCUUUCCUGCAGGGCACUGAGACGACCCUGGGAGCAAGGAAGCAGGGGCUUGGGGGUGUGGGGAAGGCGGGCAGGCAUGUCUUUCAAGGAGGCCAAGCCUGGGGAGAAAAGCAAGAACCCAGAGGACCAUGGCAGAAAGCAGACUUCAAGCUGGAUCAACGGAAUGGAGGCCGGUAACCAACCCAGCACUUCGGGCGAGAAGCGAAAUCACCAUUGGAGGAGUUACAAGUUGAUCAUAGACCCCGCUCUCAAAAAGGGCCAGCACAAACUCUACCGUUACGAUGGACUUCACUUCAAUAUGCCUAACUCGGGAGUCCUUCCAGUGGACUCGGUCAGGGACCCCCGAAUUGGACGGAUAUGGACCAAAAAUAAAGAGCUGGAUUUACCUGUCCCCAAACUCAAGAUCGACGAGUUUUACGUUGGGCCGGUACCCCCGAAGCAAGUUACUUUUGCGAAGCUGAACGAUAACAUCAGAGAAAACUUUUUGGGUGAUAUGUGCAAGAAAUACGGGGAGGUCGAAGAGGUGGAGAUCUUGUAUAACCCCAAAAAUAAGAAGCACCUGGGGAUUGCCAAAGUGAUAUUUGCAUCCGUGAAAGGGGCAAAGGAUGCGGUGAAGCAUUUGCACAACACUUCCGUGAUGGGCAACAUCAUCCACGUGGAGCUGGAUACUAAAGGUGAAACACGCAUGCGGUUCUAUGAACUUUUAGUUAACGGUCUCUAUACACCUCAGACCCUUCCGGUCGGAGGUGAAUUGGAUACAUCACCCACUGUGAAUGAAGCUCCACAGGUGAAUGAAACGGCGAAGCGUAAGAAAGACACUGGUAUGGCAGCAUCAGUUACCCCAAAUAGUAGCACCCCAUUUUCCCAGGAUACAGCCUAUUCAAGUUGUCGACAAGACACCCCAAACUCCCACAGUCAGUUUACCCCACAAUCACAAGGGACACCUCACACACCCCGAUUAGGAACUCCGUUUUCCCAAGACUCCAGCUAUUCCAGUCGACAGACAACACCAGCUUUUUCUUAUGGACAGGAUUCCAGCUACAAACCGAGAAGGGCAGAGAAUAAAUUUACAGACGCAUACAACCGAAGGCCAGGGCACCACUACGUACAUAACUCUGGUGCGUUUAGAGGCUCUGAACAUAAUAUCAACACCCCUAGAGCCCAGCCAGAGGCGGUACAGUUUUCCCAAACGCCACCUGUGAGCCAUUCUGGGGCAAACUAUAAGUCUGCAUUUUCACCGUAUCAAGCAACGGCAGCUUACCCCACUGUUGAGGAGAACCAAUUCCAGCAGACACCAAGAGAUUUGGAGUUUAGGAGGUCUGCACCUCCACCUUCAGAGCCUUAUCCUGACAGUGGUUGCAGUUCUAUAAAUAUUGAUUUUAUACCAGUGAAAGAAAAACCAGAGGAGCCCCCUCCUCCAGAGCCUGAGUGUCAAAUAGAGCAGAAACUGCCAUCUGUUGCGCGGACCCCAGAAAGAUGUCAAACACCUGGAACACCAACUCUGGAGGCUGAACUGCAACACAACAGUCUAGACUCUAGGAUUGAAAUGCUUUUAAAAGAACAAAGAACCAAACUACCUUUCCUUCACGAGCAGAACUCAGACAAUGAACUGAGGAUGGAGGGAAGCCCUAUAUCUUCCUCUUCCUCCCAGCUUUCACCCAUCCCUCCUUUUGGUUCAAAUUCCCAUUACCAGGAUGUCACUCCUUCCUCCAGGCCUUCUAGUACGGGAUUGGAGGACAUCAGUCCCACCCCUUUGCCAGACUCGGAUGACGAUGAGCCGAUCCCUGGCACGGCAUCUCUUUGCCAGAACUCCAGGUCUACAACGCCUGUUGAACAGCCUAGUCAGCUUGGGAGAAAAGCGGAUAGCUCAGAUGUGAAUGAACCACUAGCUGGAGAUGAAACGCCGACAUCUGAAAAAAUGGAUGAGGGACAUCCUUCCUCAGGAGAAGAUAUGGAGAUUUCUGAUGAUGAAAUGAAUUCAUCUCCUAAUGCUGACUGUUCCAAAACAAUUGUCAUGAAUUCAGCUGUUACCAAUUCAUCAGUUAUGACUUCUGUCAUUCCAAUUCCUCCUCCAGGAUUUCCCCCACUCCCACCUCCUCCACCUCCACAACCUGGGUUUCCCAUGCCACCUCCUCUUCCACCUCCUCCACCUCCCACCCACCCUUCUGUCACAGUACCACCUCCUCCGUUACCUGCCCCACCUGGGGUACCUCCGCCUCCACCACCACACAUAUUGCCUCCUCUUCCACCGUACCAUCAAAGUAUGUUUCCCAUGAUGCAAGGUGAAAUGAUUAAUGCCCUAGGUACCCAUUGGGGUGGAAUGCCAAUGUCCUUCCAAAUGCAGACUCAAAUGCUCAGCCGCAUGAUGCAGGGGCAAGGUUCUUACCCUUACCACCAUUUUGUUGGAAAUGCCGUGCCAUUUGGUAGCCUCCAUCAAUACCGCCCUUUUGUCCUGUCUUCGCACGUUUCUCGAGGACAGCUUUGGCCACCGCUCCCAAAGUUUGACCCAUCUGUGCCGCCACCUGGAUAUGAGCCCAAAAAGGAAGACCCACACAAGGCCACUGUGGAUGGAGUACUGCAAGUCAUUGUUAAAGAACUAAAAGCCAUAAUGAAAAGAGAUCUGAAUCGGAAGAUGGUUGAGAUGGUUGCUUUCAGGGCAUUUGAUGAGUGGUGGGAUAAGAAAGAGCACUUAGCAAAGCAGUCUUUAACUCCUGUAAAGUCUGGAGAGAGCAAAGAUGAUGAGAAACCAAAGCCGAAGGACCAAAUAACGUCAAGCCUUCUGGAAAGCUGGAACAAAGGGGAAGGACUGGGAUUUGAAGGUAUAGGCUUGGGCAUUGGGCUGCGUGGAGCAAUCAGGCUGCCCUCAUUCAAGGUAAAAAGGAAAGAACCGCCUGAAUCUGCUUUAGGUGGUGAUCAGAAGAGGAUCCGUCCUUCGCCUUCUGUAGAUGAUGAAGAUGAUGAAUCUGAACGAGAUCGAGAUAUAUUAGAUGCUACUUCUGAUUUAUCUAAGAAGGAUGUAGAUUCAGUGAACGUUCGGCACAAGGUUAGGCCCUUAGACAGUGAAGGAGAAGAGGAGGUUGAAAGUGAAGCAGAGGAAGAUGAGAAUUCUGAAAAAGAGGACCUGUCUUCUGAAAAAGAGGAAGAGCAAGAGGACGGUUCUGUUGGAGCCUUGACCAGGAAACCGUAUAUUGACGACGAUGAUGAUGACGAUGAUGACGAUGAGUUGGAAACAAGUGAAAAAGAGGAGGAAGCAGACUCAGAAGAUGAUGCCUCCAGUGAUGCCUCCUCCAAAGCUGAAGUGGACUCCUCAGAUGAAAGUGACGAAUCCUCGGAAUAUGAAUCCAGUUCUGAUUCCGAAGAGGAUGAAGAUGAUGACGAGGAGGAGGAUGAUGAUGUAGAUAUUGGAGGUCUGGAAGAUGAUUUUGUAGACACAGAACAGGAAGACACUGAAAAGGAAGAAGACCUAUUAAAGAGUGCCCUGUCGGAGGAAAGCAGUCCAGUAAAGGCUGAUGAGGAAUUGGAGGUUGAUGAAGGGGAUACAGAAGAUAAUGUUGUGGCUGAGACAAUGGUGGAGACAUCUUUCUUAAAAACCAGAGAGUUGGAACCACCUGUGGUGGAACAUAAGUAUGAAAUGGAAUUGGAUAGAGUGGAGAAGGUGUCUGAAACAUCAGUGACUGUAGAUAUUGGUAAAGGAUUUGAGAAAGCACCAUCGCCAUCAAAUGAAGAGGAAGAAUAUGUGGAACUGCACUUGGAACCUGUGCCAUUGGAAAUAGAAAACACAAAUGUAGAGGCACAAGAGAUUGCAGUUAUUCGUCCUUUAACACCCACAGGAGCUUUUGGAGAAUCAAGCAUCCUACCCAAGCCUGAGGAGGCCACAUCAGAGGCCAGACAUCAUGCAAAGUUAACACCCUUUACCUCAGAGGAUGAGGAACUAUGCCCUCGGACGCCUGGACGAGAAACAGCAAUUCAUUCAGAUUCUGAAGCACCUUUUACAAUUUUGCCUAAGGUGGCCCUCUCCACACUUCCUCUAUUACAGAGUCACAGUAAGGAAGCAGAGACUCCACCAAAUGACAAGAUUUGUGGGCAGCUAACUGUGACUAAAGUGCAAUCAGAAGAAGAACUUCCACGUACUCCUGGGAGAGAUAUCCCGAUUAAAUCUUCUCACCUUGGAAAGUCCCAAAGCACUGAAACUGUCCCUGCUACUCCAGGUAGUGACAUUUCUCUCGCAAGUAAUAGCUUGGCCCUAACUUCUCCCCACAUUCCUGGAAGCCCAUUUUCAUAUCUUUAUCAGUCCCCUGGAAUAAUUAACAGCGGUAUUCCAAGGACACCAGGAAGAGAUUUCAACUUCACGCCAACUUUCCCUGAAUCUAAUGCGAACUUCCCAUAUCACCCAUCCAGCAAGAAAUCCUCUGUGGAUGAAUCAGAUGAGAAAUCAUUUAAAGAACCAGCCAGUGCUUCCUUAACCAUGAACAGUAUUCCUUCACCAAUCCCACUUGCAAGCCCUCCAAUAGGAGAUCUCCAUAAAGACAUCAGCUUAGCAGUCGAUCUGGAAUCAUCUGAAACCAUGAUUUCUGUUGAUAAACUUUUAAGUGAGGAUAGUGAGUCCGAGGUUAAUAAAGGGCAGCUUCCAUCUACCGAGGAGUCUGCACCUUCUUCUCCAGCUCACCUUGCUGGCAGGAGAAAACCCGGAAGGCCCAAGAGGCCUCUCCUUUCAGCCCUUGAUAUAGAUUCCUAUAUAAAGAAAGACUCACAGUCUCCUCAUGUGGUUGACUUGAAAGAAAAUGCUGUGGAUAAAGAGCAUUUUGUAGGUCAAACUGACAUAGCUUGUGGAAUAAAAGAUCCUGAAGCUGUACCACUUGACUUCAGGAAUAAGGGACACCCUGAUAAUAUAAAACAUGAAGCCAUAAGCCAGAAAGUUCCAUUGAAAGAGUUGGAAAAUCAGUGGCGUGAAGAACUUAAGGAAGAGGAGGAGAUAGUAAAACCUAAAAAAACAAGGAACUGGAAGAAGAAGAGGCUGGAGGAAAUUUCUAUUAUACAUUCACCUGAAUAUUCCCCACCCAGACCACUGUUUAAGCCUCGUUCUGAAUUUGAAGAGAUGACAAUUCUUUAUGAUAUAUGGAAUGGAGGGAUAGACGAAGAAGAUGUCAAGUACAUGUGCAUCACCUACGAGAGACUGUUACAGCAAGACAAUGGCAUGGACUGGCUCAAUGACACUUUAUGGGUCUACCAUCCUCCAACCAAUAUUUAUUCUCCCAAGAAGAAGAAACGAGAUGAUGGUUUACGGGAGCAUUUGACGGGAUGUGCUCGUAGUGAGGGGUAUUAUAAAAUUGAUAAGAAGGAUAAACUGAAAUACCUCAACGACAGUCGAUCUUUGGCUGAUGAGCCUCCAGCUGAUACCCAGGGAAUGAGUAUCCCGGCUCAGCCUCAUGCCUCCACCCGCGCAGGCUCAGAACGCCGGUCAGAACAGCGCAGACUGCUGUCUUCGUUUACAGGAAGCUGUGACAGUGACCUCCUUAAAUUUAAUCAGUUAAAGUUCCGCAAGAAAAAAAUACGUUUCUGCAAGAGCCAUAUUCACGAUUGGGGCCUUUUCGCCUUGGAACCAAUCGCGGCUGAUGAGAUGGUUAUUGAGUAUGUGGGUCAAAACAUCCGACAGGUCAUAGCAGAUAUGCGGGAGAAGAGGUAUGAGGACGAAGGAAUCGGGAGCAGUUACAUGUUCCGGGUAGACCAUGACACCAUCAUUGAUGCCACCAAAUGUGGGAAUUUUGCUCGGUUCAUUAACCAUAGCUGUAAUCCUAACUGUUAUGCAAAAGUCAUCACUGUGGAGUCCCAGAAGAAGAUUGUCAUCUACUCCAAACAGUAUAUAAAUGUGAAUGAAGAGAUAACGUAUGAUUACAAGUUCCCCAUAGAAGAUGUCAAGAUCCCCUGUCUUUGUGGAGCAGAGAACUGCAGAGGAACACUGAAUUAAGUCUCCUCUUGACACCUUUCAGCCAUGUUGGACUGCAGGAUAUAAGGUGUAAGUUGCACUUUUGCCAAAAAAAAAAAAAAAGGUUCGCACUUCUCUUGGGCUUGUGAGCAACAAGAGCACAUGUACAUUAGGACAUUGUUUCAGAAUGUAAGGAUCCUGGUGCUCUUUCUUCAAGAAGAAAAUGAUGGGUAAUUACCACUCAGUGGCACAGAAUUAAUAUGUUCUAUAAAGGAAAAAAUAAUAAAAAAACAAACAAAAAACACUAUCAUCAGUUACCCUUGUUCCCUGCUGGGCAUAAAAUGGUACCCCCCCCCUCAUAAAUGCUGCUGCUAGUUUCCUCACAAAACGGUCGUACUAAAUGUGAAGAGGAAAUGCUGUUAUGUUAUCCAUUGGGUGUGAA